AGCCCGCAGUGUUGGGCUCGGGCCCUGCCGGGUUUGCUGGUCAUGGCGGCCGUGGCAGAGCAAGCGGAGGAUGACAUGGUGGCAGAGAAGAUCCUCCUGGCUGACGGCACCUCCGUGGAGAUGCUCCGAAGCCCGCAGAUGACGGAGGCGCAGUGGCAGGAAACGAAGACGUACCUGCAAAGCAACGUGGCGGAGACUAAGAAGCUCGUGGAGCAUUCCACGAAUCCGGACAAGAUCCGGAAACAGAAGCUCAUGCGAGCAAUGGCUGACGUUUGGCAGGAGCAGAUCGAUAGUAGCAAUCAGGACUUUGCGCAGCGGAUGAAGGAGCUUGAGCAGGAGCCCGACUUCGAGGAGUUGUUCAAAGCCAUCAAGGACUACCAGGUCCAGCAGAUCCGCGAAUGUCUGGAUGACAAGGAGCUGAUGCAGAAAGUCAGCAGCAAAAUGGGCGGCGUUCCGCAGCAGGCCCAGCGGAACGCGGAUCGCGUCCGCAAGACCCCGCUGACGCUACAGGAGGCCUGCAAGUUCGGGGACCUCCGAGCUGUGCAGCGGUACCUCACCGAGACAGAGCGUGGUGGCCGGAAAUUAGAGGCCAAGGACCAGCGCGGCAUCUCCUGCCUCGGCUACGCGGUGGGUGCUAACAGGAUGCCCAUCACCAUGCUCCUUGUUGAGGUGAAGGCUGACAUGAACUGCGUGGAUAAGGCCGGCAACAGCAGCCUCCACUACGCUGCAGGCUACGGUCGUCAGGAGAUGCUGGAAUAUCUCUUGGCUCAAGGCGCAGAUGUGAACAAGGCUAACGACAGCGGGCAGACGCCUUUGGCGGUUGCAACAAGGAAUGCGCAGUCGAAAGCGGUCGAGCUGCUGAAAAGCAAAGGAGGUCGAUGAGGUUAGCUUUCUACUCUCUUCCUCUUCCCAAAAUGGCUGCUGACUGGCUGCCUGCGGUGGAGAAAUCGCGGUAGUGCCGAUGAUAGGAUUGUGCUGGGGCAAGCAGGUCGUUGUCCAGCAAUUGUACGGAAAGAUCGAGCUCCACCGAGUCAUACCCAUCAUGAAAUGGUAAGCAUUGCCCGCAGCAUUUGCUGACCUGGGAGGGC